AGCUGGGGACACCUGGGACACACCCGGGACACACGUGGAGGUCGCCUGGGCACACCUGGGGAUAGAUGGGCACAGAGCUGGAACGCACCUGGGACACCUGGGACACACGUGGGGACACCUGAGGGACACCUGGGAAACAGCUGGGCACACCUGGGGGCACACCUGGGACACCUGGGGAUAGCCGGGGACACACCUGAGCCAGGUGCGGGCCGGGGGGCGGGGCUUAGGCCGCGUUGUUCCGGCCUCUCUCGGCGAGCGGGAAAGUUUUAUCGCCGAUAGAGCGGCGCGCAUGUCGCGACAUGCGAACGCGAUAGAGGCGGGGAGGGAAAGGGAAGGACGGAGCUUGGACCGCCCGCCCGCCAGGGGGCGCCCGCCGGGCGGCAGCGCGGUGAUGACGCACUUCCGGCGAUGACGUCAGAGGCAGCAUGGCGGCGGCGGAGAAGGCGCAGCGCUACGAGGCGUUCGUCAGCGACGUCCUGCAGCGCGACCUGAGGCGGGUGCAGGAGCAGCGCGACGCCGUCUUCGAGCAGCAGGCGCAGGUGCUGCAGCUCCGCUCCGCCCUCACCCGCCUGCAGGAUGCCGCCGCCCCCCUGCGCACCCAGGUGGAUCUCGGCUGCAAUUUCUUCGUCAGCGCUGAAGUCCCGGACCCCCGGCGCGUUUUCGUGGCUCUGGGUUUCGGGUUCUUCGCGGAGCUGACGCUGCCCGAGGCCCUCCGGCACCUGGAGCGCCGCAGCUCCCUCCUGCAGAGGCUCAGCGAUUCCCUGACGCGCGACGGGGCCAAGAUCCGCGCCCACAUCCGGCUGGUGCUGGAGGGCCUGCGGGAGCUGCAGGGGCUGCAGGAGCCCCCGGUGACCUCUGACCCCUGACGGACGCUGCGCUGGCCCCGCCCCUCACCUGGGAGUAAAGCUGGAGUAACGCAGAGAUUUACACCUGGACGUGGCCUGUGUGUAAAGCCAGAGUAAAGUGGAUUUUUUACACAUUGGAGUAAGCUGUGUGCAAACCUGGAGUAAAGCAGAGUUUCUGCACCUGGGAGUAACCUGGGUGUAAACCUGGAGUAAGGUGGAGCUUGUACUGCUCAGAGUAAACCUGAAUAAAGUGGAUUUUAUACACCUUGGAGAAA